ACCUCCCCUACUUACGAUAUUGACAUUCCUUUGAAUAUUCUGAACCCCUUUGGUGCGGACGCCGACUCGGAUAUCGAAGACCUUACACACUUUGUCCCACCCAGUACUCAAAGCAAUAAUCGAUUACCACCUGGUAGAAAUCAUCCCUCGCCGAUUCCUUCCAGUCGUCACUACGCGAUGGAUCCCGCUGGCGACAGAGGUUUCAGUCAACGUGAUGACUUAUGGAAUGACAAUCUUGAGAGAUGGGCAGCAGCUGCUUCUCGUCGAGACUCACAGGACCGUUGGGAUGACCGAGAAAGAAUUGAGCGUGACUGGAGUGCGGGUCUUGAGAGCCAUACGAAUACGAAUGAAAGGCGGGGAUUUCAGUCACGAAGAGGUCCUGCGAACGUUCCUUCCGCUCCUCGAGAGCCUCCUAGGUUCUACAAUAAGGCACCACCAAUACAACAUUCACCAGUGUAUCCAGUUGUUCCCAACUUUUCCGGUUUUCCUGCUUCUCCCGCUCAACGCGAAACUGACCAGGACAGCUAUCAGCACGAUCAUGUCAUGUCUGAACGGGGACCAUGGAUCCGCAUAGUCGACGACGAUGACGCUCUCUUUGAACGUGCUAACAGGCGUACUGGCAGGAACGGCCGAAAUGAGUUUAUGCCACCAAAUCACAGUGCUAGCGGGAGACCUGCCUUGCCUCUAUCUUCGAACGGUGGAAGACGAGAACCUCUGAGCGUGGAGCGCAUGUUUAGCGAUGUGAAUGCCGACAUUGUAGAUGGUAUCCUCAACCGCAACGACAUCGAGCGCGAAGGGUUAGGUUCACCACAAGUGCGAAACUCGUUGUCGUAUCGCAAUCCACCGUCAUCAUCUUCAUCUAACUCAUCUCGUGCUUCGAACGGGUCACAGUCUUCAGCGUACUUCUCGGCAUCUUCCUCUCCAUACCCUUCAACUGGGCCAACCAGUUUUUACCCCUUUUCCUUAAACACUUAUUCUCCAGGUGUGAGUCGCUACCACACCGCGGUGUCAAAUUUCAACGUUCCGGAGAGAAGCGAUCCUCCUGCAUCCUUCUCUGUGGCGGAGCGAAGUCAAAACGAGGUUCCUCGGCAGGCUACGUCUGGGAGGGAAGUCGAAUUGGUGCUACAGAGUUUCCAGGACGUUCUUGGGAAUAUUGGCCGCCCUGAGCCUUCUACAUCUAGUGGCCAGACUGGCACUGACGGAAAUACGUCAUUACCUUCGUCAACAAGAGCACGAGAUGCUAGUAACCCCCUCGAACUCGAACGACAUCUUCGGCAGAUUGAACAGGCAGACGAAUCUUCUCAUAACAGACGCUACAACCUUUCUCCAAACGCAAUUGCUGAUGACCUUGAGGAGAUUCUGCCGGACAAUGCUCUAUCCUCCCCUCAUCCGGAUUUGGAUGAGGAUGUCACCAUGGACAGGGCUAUACGGGCUUCCAUCCAGGCUGCAGAGGGACUUGCGGCUGAGUUUAGCAAUGCAGGUGUUCCUGAGAUCUCUCCUGAGCUGAGGCAACUGUUGCGUACUGUCCAAAACCACACAUAUUCAUUAUCACAAACCUCUAGGCGCACACCUUCUCGAGGACCUUCUCGUCAUGAACGCCCUGUGCCAGAAGUGGAACACAGGGCACCGGGCCCAUACGAGCAUCUACCUUCGGCCCUUCGUCCGUCGCCCGUCGCCGUUGAUUUCCGCAUCGAGAAUGGAAGAGUGGUGGAGGCGCAUCGCUUCAACCCGUUGACAGACACAACAGGUCCACCGGUGGACGCCCUAACCUAUCUUCGAAAUCGCCAACAGGCCUUGCGUGACGGACGUGCGCUGCAAGCCCAACUACGAGAUGGCCGUCCUCAAGGACAGAACCCUGCUUCAGUUUCAACCAUGGAAGGUUGGAGACCGCCUUCGCCGCCACCAGCACCGACACCACCUUCACAUUCUGCGAGAUCUUCCCAAUACCCUAAUUUGAAUCUCAAUGAUUUCCAUGACGGUCCUUUCAGAGCCUCCAUGGCCCGUACUAUGGCGUUGAAUCGUCGCCGUGCUAUGGGUCAGGCUAUCGCUGGGAAUAGGCCUCCCCCAAGUCACUCUCUUGCUUCACGUCCCAAUCGGGAUUCCGAAAGAGCGCAACCUAGUUCAAGACCAAGUCGCCCGCCCUAUGCCAUUCCACCAAGAAACUAUCUCGAUUCGCGAUCUUCAUCACGCCCUACUCCUUCCAUUGGCACUGAAAGAGACAGGCCACCCGUUCUUCGAGAUCUCGAUUUUUACAACCCGGGUACUGGCGACAACGGUACAUCCAGAAGACGAGCUAGCUUUUCUCGUGAACAACCGCAGGUUUCUUCGCAGUACUCUCGCGACCAACGAGAGCUCCAUGAUUUCGUUACUCGUCGAAGGCCGGUAGCUACUCUAGCUCUGCAAGUUAACGAACCCAAUUCUAGACAUGAGGACUUGCCACUCUCAUUCACUCGGCGCGGCGAUCGUGAUCGUAACGAUGUCUAUAGACGACGCAAUAACGAUGGGAGGUCUUCUGAUUCAUGGGGAAAUAUUGCUGGAGAUAUCUCAAUGGGUAGUCCAGACAUACACCAGCCGGCUCAUGGUUCGCGUUCAAAUCGCGGGUGGGGCCGUGAUUCGCCGCCAUUGAUACCUACCGGUCCUCCCCCGUUCUCCUAUGCUCGUCACGCUGACGCAAGGCCGGUCAAUGGAGCGCUACCGCCUCACUUGCAAGCUGGAACCACUAUGCAGAGUCCGCACAAUAGAGCCCGACUUCAGGCAGAUAUAAACACUGAGCUAGAACGUUCUCGUGAAGACCGGCUUACUCGCGUUCGUCGUCAUGCGCAUGCCAGAGAGCUAUCACGAAUCAUAGGAUCUAACGACCUCGAGAGCGCGUACGAAGGUCUUGUUCGCUUUACUGCAAUUAUGGAGGAGGGCGGAACGCGACGAGUUCCUCAGGCUGUCAUUGAUAGCCUUCCUAGUGGCGUUUACAGCGACUGGGCUACGCCUGGUGAAUCUGAAGACUGCUGCCCUAUUUGUCUCGACGACUAUGAGCAGGAUGCCCCAGUUCUAAGGGUCCCGGCUUGCAAGCACUGGUUCCAUAAGACUUGUCUUACACAGUGGUUGAAACGUGGGGAUACUUGUCCCGUGUGCCGAGCAGCUGUUCGUCCAGAGCAAGGAAAUGGUCCACCUACCCGAGGCUUUCCCCCUGUGCCUGGUCCCAGCAGUAGCCGUGGCGGUAGAAGAUUUGAUUCUGACGACGACGAAGAUGAUUUCUUCCUCCCACUUGACUUGUUUUGAACGAACGGUUGGACAGUAUAUAUAGCAAUCUCUCGCAUAUCCUCGCAUUCUGUUUCAGAUUCCCCAACUUGUAUUUUUGCAUGAUCUUGCACGUUGCGCAUCUUUUAUAUAUUAGUGUUACCCCGCAUGUACAAUCACAGACUUCCUGUAUCACACACAUCACAUGGCUUUCAUGCUUUCCAGUAUAACGAUGGAUUCGAUCACAGGGGCAAAUUUGCAGGCAUGUCAACUCAAAAAGCGGGUCCUGGAAGACAGAACGUGCGCGGAAGAGCGUCGCAGGCCGUAUAUUGUCGUAGAAUCCCGAGUCCAGUGCGCGUAACAGAGUACGACGGGUGAAGAAAGCCUCGCAUACAUAGUAUCUGGAGAGCAAUAUAGCACAUAUACAUUC